AUGGCCUAUUUUCGAACUGACUUUUCCUACAUUCAAACGACAAUCCAAUUAAUUGAAUCAUAUGUCACAUGGUUGAAUAUUACUAAAGAAAUUACGUUCGUAUUCACUAACCAAGCAGAUGCAGAUCAAGCCGUUGACUAUUUAAUUUCGGGAAAAUCAUCUUUAAGAGCUAUUGUCUUAAAUCAACUAACAUCGAAUGAAAUUGCUCAAAUUAAGAAUACGAAAAUUGGUAUAAGACACGUAGCUCUAAUAGGAAAUAAUUUGGAUCAAUAUGUGCAGACAAUAAAUCAAGAGAAAUUAAUAAAACUGGAUGAAUCCUGGAUAAUUGUUACAAACGAUUCGACCAAGUUAAAACUUGAAUCGUCAGUAACACUCAUGAAGUUCGCGUCAUGGAGAAAUGGAUACACAAAUAAAAUGACGCGUGCUAGAACUUUAUUUAACUUCAUUUUCUACUUUUUAGACCGUGUACCACGGGAUCGUCCAAAACUUAGUUGCGACUUGAUUUCAGAUGUUUUAGUCUUAGAAAAACGAAAAAAAAUCGAAGAUAUACUCGACUCGUACAAAAAUAAAAAUGAAUUGCAUUACGACAUUGAUACCAACCUGAUGACGUACAACGAACAAGCGAUGAUACUCAGAGUCAGUCCGGAUGGUGAACCUAAUCAGUUGGGURCGUGGACCGUAAAUGAAGGUUUAGAAAUGAAAUCCAACGCUUCAACUCUAAUCAGCGGCCGCCGAUUCUUUAGAAUUGGAACCGCAAUGUCUAUUCCUUGGACGUUCAUGGACGGUGAGUGGAAAGGUUAUUGUAUUGAUCUAAUCGAAAAACUGUCCAAUGAAAUGAAUUUCAAAUACGAAUUAGUCGUUAAAGACAAAUUUGGUUCACUCGACCCAGUAACAAACCAGUGGAACGGGCUCAUCGGUGGACUUGUGGAAGGAGAAUUAGAUAUUGUUAUAGCUGCACUCACCAUGACAUCGGAACGGGAAGAAGUUAUAGAUUUCAUCGCCCCAUACUUUGAACAAACGGGAAUAUCAAUAGUGAUCAGGAAACCGUUCAGAAAGACUUCGCUGUUCAAGUUCAUGACCGUACUAAAACCCGAAGUUUGGCUUAGUAUCGUAGCUGCUCUGGCCAUGACUGCGGUCAUGAUCUGGAUACUAGACAAAUACUCGCCUUACAGUGCACAGAACAACAAAGCCAAAUACGAACAUGUGUGCAGGCAUUUCACACUCGUCGAGAGCUUUUGGUUCGCCUUGACGUCUUUUACGCCACAAGGAGGAGGAGAAACGCCAAAAGCGAUCAGCGGCCGCGUCUUGGUGGCCGCUUAUUGGGUUUUCGUCGUCCUCAUGUUGGCUACGUUCACUGCUAAUUUGGCAGCAUUUCUGACAGUGGAAAGGAUGCAGACGCCAGUGCAGUCCUUACAACAAUUAGCUCGACAGUCGAGGAUCAAUUAUUCGGUGGUUGACGGUAGCGACGCCCAUCAUUUCUUUCGCAACAUGAAAAUGGCAGAAGACAUUUUAUACAAUGUAUGGAAAGAGAUAGCAUUAAAUCAAACAAACAAUCGAAAAGAUUUUCGAGUUUGGGAUUAUCCGAUAAAAGAAGAAUUUGGACAAAUAUUAGCGGCAAUAGAAAGAACUGGAACCGUUCCGAACAGAUCUAUCGGAUAUCAAAUGGUAUUGGACAAUGAGCAAGGUGAAUUCGCUCUAAUUCACGAUUCGUCUGACAUUGAGUAUGAGGUUUAUAAUAACUGUAACCUGACCGAGGUAGGAGAAAUAUUUGCGGAAAGACCAUAUUCGAUAGCUGUCCAGCAAGGAAGCCUCAUACAAGAGGAAAUUAGUAGAAAGAUAUUGGAUUUACAAAAGGAUCGAUUUUUCGAACUAUUGAACGCCAAGUAUUGGAAUGCUUCCAAAGUGAACAUGUGUCCGAAUGCCGACGAUAGUGAAGGCAUCACAUUAGAGAGUUUAGGCGGUGUUUUCAUAGCUACAUUAGUUGGCUUGUUGAUAGCGUUGAUAACACUUGCUUUCGAAGUUGUCUAUUUUAAACACAAACGCGCCAAGGUAGCUGAAGUCGGUGUUGUUAAUAAUAUCAUUCACAAGGAUAAGCUGAUGUAUGGCCACGAGUUAUUCAUGACGUUAGGCAGGAAUUCAAAUUCAGAUGAACAAACACGUUGGGCAAAUAAGAUCAAACUAGAUUCAACUACUGGCCGUCUAAACAAUGCAUUAUUCUUUCGAAGGAACAAAUUUCAAAACUAG